AUGUCUCGAAACAACUCGCCUGGAAGCUCCCCUAAGUCAUCGUCUGGCCCUGACUCCCCGUCGAGGAUCGAGGCUGAUCCGCAUGUCGAGUUUGACGAUGCUGACUCUGCAGUCGAGGGCAGCUUGGCGUCCUCUACCACUUCUGUCUCGAGUAGCAUUCUCAACUAUCGCAAGCUUCACGGGAGGACUUAUGAGAAUAUUCAGACGACCGAGUACUGGGCGCCUAACGACGAGCAGCAGAAUGAGGGUCUGGACAUGAUCCACAAUGGCUUGCUCAUGACGCUCGACGACAAGUUGUUUUUUGCGCCCAUUGGUGAUCAUCCCGGUAGGGUUCUUGAUGUUGGGACCGGGACUGGGAUCUGGGCUAUUGACUUUGGGGAUCAGUUUCCAGAGACUGAGGUUAUUGGGACUGAUCUGAGCCCUAUCCAGCCGACGUGGGUGCCCCCCAACGCCGAGUUUGUCAUUGAGGAUUGUCUCCUCGAUUGGACGUGGCCACUGGAGCACUUUGACUUUGUGCACAUUCGCGCUCUCUACGGGAGUAUUCCCGACUGGGAGGUUCUCUAUAAGAAGGCGUUUGACCAUCUCAAGCCGGGAGGAUGGAUUCAGGACUUGGAGAUGGACGUCAAGAUUGAGUCUGAUCACGUUGAUUUUCCUGAAGAUCACAUCUUCAACCGAUGGGCUGAACUCUUCUACGAAGGCGGCGAAAAGAUGGGUCGUUCAUUCGCAGUCGCUCAAGGACACACCAUGAGAGACAACCUCGCAGCCGCAGGUUUCAUCGACAUUGCGGAGAAAAAGGUCAAAUGUCCCAUCCACGGAUGGCCCAAAGAUCCAAAGCUUCAACAGGCUGGGCUCUUGUUACAGCUUGCGCUUGACGAGAGCGUCGAGGGUUUUGGACUGUUCAUGUUGACGCAGGUACUGGGAUGGCAGAGAGAAGAGGUUUUGGUGCUUGUUGCCAAGUUUAGGGCUGAGAUGAGGAAGAAGAGCAACUUUGGGUGGUGUCAAUUGACCAUUGUUUGGGGACGGAAGCCUCUUGAGGGGGAAAAGGUUUGA